CUGGGUCCUGAGGAGGACAGCACCCUGCUCUCUCUCACAGCCAGCAGCCGCUGCUGCUCAGAGGGCAAUGGGUGCCCGUGAGGACGCAGGGAUGCUUCUGGUGCUCGUCCUCUUUUUCUUGGGCCCCCGUGAGCGAACUGCAGCGGGUCCUGUACCACAAGGGGUGGAGUGUAUCAUCUUCAAUGAGGAUUACAUGACCUGCGAUUGGGGCAGCAAAGAGAAGCUGACAGCCAACUACUCAUUCUACUACUGGUACAUCACCAGGCCUCCCUCUCCAAGAGCAGAGUGCAAACAUUACCUCCAAACUGAUGGUAUCAACACGGGAUGCUGGUUCAACAAAAGCGAGCUCCAAAUAGGACUUAAUCGUUUCAACGUUCACAUCAAUGCGAGUCAAAACGGCAGGCUCAGCACCAUCUCAGCUGAGUCUCUGAUACUGCCAGACUUAGUGGUACCUAGUGCACCCAUCAAUCUCACUCUUAAGAACAUCAGCAACAACCAGCUGCAGCUGACCUGGAAGACACCGUACAAAAGCAACGAAGGUUGCCUGGAGCAUGAGGUCAAAUACAAGAGCAACAAGGACACCGAAUGGACGAAGCAGAGCGUGACCAACAUGAAAUUCAACAUAGCCAGUGUGGACCCUGCAAAAUUUUACACCUUCACUGUCCGCAGUAAGAUCAGCAAUCUCUGCGGGAACACCAAGCUCUGGAGUGAGGACUCUGGCCCGGUCUUUUGGGGGGGAAACUCCACCAACAAGGAUGGUGUGAGUUCCACAUCGUUCUGGCUCCAAAGUGUCCUGAUUCCUAUUGGCUCCAUCUUUGUACUGUUUCUGCUUCUGGUGAUGCUGAUGCGAAUGGAGAGAGUGUGGCUGGUCCUGAUGCCCAGAAUCCCCAACCCAAGCAACAAAUUUGAGGAUCUCUUCACUGCCUACCAGGGGAACUUCUCGGAGUGGGCUGGAGUCUCCAAGGAGGCCGUGGAGAGUUUCAAGCCCAACUACCGCGAAAGCAUCUGCCGUGUCAGCAAGUUGCUCCUUGAUUCGGGCUACUUGCCUGUCAGCAGUGAUGCCAUGAGCAAGGCUGGUACAACGCUGGGUGUCUCUGUAGACUCCGUCCCCAAGGCUAACCCUGAGUAGAAGCUGCAGAACAGACAGUGCUCCACACAACUCCAGCCUUCAUGCUCCUCCUGAAGAAAACAAAACCUUGUUUGGAUUCAACAAAAUAUCAAAGCAUCAAGAAAGGAUCCAAAUACUGUAUUCUAAUGUUUUAAUAUAAUAGCGAUCAAACUGUAUGGUUGAAAAAUGUCCGGACUACAUUAAAUAUAAUUAACCCAAAUCAAUAAAAUCUAUAUAUCU